AUGUCUAAUUUUAGGGGGCUUGGCUCUCAACGAGCUCCGAACAAUUUAGGAAGAGAAGUAGAGAUUGGACCAUCUUAUCGGCGCUCCAUUUCAUUGAAUGAAGUAAAAGCAUCCAAUGAUCAUCAAGAUCCUGUUUCUUUGUGUAAGAUUGAAGAUGUAAUCUCGGUUCUUGGGGAUAUUGACAAUAAACAGGAUGCUGAUAUGGAUUACCAAGUCACUGUGGACUUUUAUCCAAGCCUUCAUCGUGUUUUAGUAGAGAAAAAGGCCAAUAACAAUUUUUUCUUUCAUGGACAUGCUGUAUUUGCGACAUAUCUUAUUGAAUGGACAGACCUUAUUUUUCGCACAAGUCGAGAUACUUUGAAUCACGCUGGAAUUUAUGGAGCUGUUUAUAUAUCAAGAUAUCCAUUCAGCUAUGAGAGAUCUGUAUGGCGAGCUUUUCUGAACUCUGGGGUCCUCUGUCUAACACAUUUCAUCAUAGCAGCGGUGAGAUGGGAAUAUCUCUUUUGUGCCAAAUCAAAUGAUAUAAACGUAUCUUGGGAGCAGUGGAUAGAAUUUUUCUAUAGAGGGAAAAAGAUGUUUCAAGGUAUGAGACAAAACUCGACUUGUGAGGCCAUAGGAGAAGACGACCAAAGGAAAGGUAAAUCAAAAGUUAAUCUUCACUCUAUUCCAUUGAACAUUUCAAAAGAGGGUAGUCUUGCAGCCUUUCUGUCUUUAUGGCUAAGUCGUUUUGUUUUUCCUACUGAGGGCUCCAACAUUAGACCUGAAACUUUUUAUAUGGCUUCAAUGAUGGCCCACGGACACAAAGUUUCACUUGCACCCUCUGUUUUGGGAUACAUUUAUCGAGCUUUGUAUGAUUCAGCCAUACAUGGCCAGGGGCGAGGUCAAGCCUUCUUACUUAUACAUUAUGUGAUAGGUUGGUUAGCCGAGCAUUUUCGCCAUCUCUAUAGUGGUUGGGAUCUUAUGGAUCUUCCUCAUUUAAGUAAGUAUGGCGGGAUCCCUGCUGAACGUCGAAGCAUGAAUGGGGCUAGACAUAUUUUAAGGGGAGAGGAUUAUGUUAUGCAUCGGCCAUAUUCAUUUCCCAUGGAGAAAGAUCUAGAGUAUCUGGAUAAUGAAGAUUUAUCUGAUGAGAAAUUUGAGUUACUGAUUUCUAUGCGUUCUUCUUUGCUACCCGUAAGAGUGGGUAACAAUGCAUAUUUAGAACCUUAUUAUCCUAACAGAUUUGCUCGCCAGUUUGGUUUCGAUCAAGGUGUGCCCUCAGAUAAGUUUUGUCUGAGUAUUCCUAGGAGGAGGCAGUGUGGAAUAAGCGAAAUCGCUAAAGCUUGGGUUUUAAUAUUAAGGAGAAAUACUGGCAUCCACUUUCACAUUCCUAGGACUCUCCGUAUGGGUCAAUGCACGUGGUGGUACUGUCGUUGGUGGGUGAGGAGUUGCAUUCCAUACUUGGGGAGAUCUGUGAAGGCCAUUCAUUCAACAUUGUCCAAGCAACCAUUCAAAGAAGAGGAGUCAAAUUAUGUGAUCAAAGACAUUCGCUUACUUUACUCCAACCCUGAAGAAGUUUUUGAGAGAUGUCCUCCUCAACAUAAUGAAUUUACUGGCGCCAACUAUGCUUAUACUGACUCGGACAUUGGAUCAGAAAAUGUCCAUUCCUUAGUCCCACAUUUCAAACAAAAGAAACGUGCGAAGCAUGACGAGUCUAGUCGUAUUGAAGAUGUCUUCUUCCCACUAACUCAGAGUUCAGAAAUGCCACCAUCUGAUACUUGCUUCGGAGCUUCUAGCUCUAGGGAUGAACAACUUAUCGACUUUGAUGGGUCUGAUGAUUAUGUUAACAAAGGAUUUGACAGUGAGGCAUUGCCUGCAGAGCCAACCAUUCCACCAGAACCGAUUGUCUCAGCAAAGACGGGUACUCCAUCAUCACUUGUUCCUUCAGAUUUGCUUAUUCCUCGACCGAACCCGGUGUUGACAGUGUCAGCUUCAGCAAUCACCAACUCAGACUUGAAUGAGCAUACCAAAAAGUUUGUGAUUGAAUGCAUGAAAGACAUUCUUCAUUUGUCAUCUUCUCCUUUGACCACAUCAGACAUUUCAAAACAUCGUGCUGACGUGAGUAUGCAACUCGACGUGUUGAGUACCCUUUGCGGGCAUUAUAAAUGUGGUUUAGCAGAGGUUGCAUGGUUCACUGACUCUGUCAAUGAUUUGCUCAAGGCCCAAGAAAAGUCUCUUGCUUCUGCUCAAGUUGUUGAGAAUGCCCUUAGUCUUGAUGAAUCUCUUAUCAUGGAUCUUCUUCGUCGUGAUAAGGAUAAUUUGGCAGCUAUAGAUCAUUUGUCCAUAUCUGUCACUAACAAGACAAAGGAUUUUGAAGAUUUUAAAGCAAAGGAAGCAGAGAUUAUUGCAGCGGAACUAGCCAUACAACAACGACGAGCUGAGUUCGAAGCCGAUAAAGCAUCGUUUGAGGUAGACCUUUCUAGUCUCAAAGAUUCCUUGAAGGAGCAACAACAUCUCGCUGAGGAGAUAAGUCGGUCAAAGGACCAAGCUAGUGUAGAAAAAUUCCAUGAAGCUGAGAGAGCGAAAGCAACACUCAAGAUUCAAGAAGAAGAAAUCCAGAGGAGACUCGGCGCUUUGACUUUAUUUCUCCAGAUGGACUGA